AUGACACAGUUCGAAGUCCGCAAUGAGCUCAUAACGAACGAGAAGUUGGAUGAUCUGGAAGAGCUAGGACGUAAACAGUCGUCUGAAUCCUCGACAUCUUCAACAGAAUCUGAACCUCUGGAUGGCGGGCGUCGGGCGUGGGCAACUGCCUUUGGAUCUUUCCUAGUGCAAUUUUGUGGCUACGGAUAUUUAAAUUCUUUUGGAGUCUAUGAAGAUUUUUACACGCGGAUUUAUCUGACCAACCAACCACCAUCUGCAAUAUCAUGGAUUGGUGCAUUGAACUCGUUCCUCGUAGCCAAUCUCACUUUGAUAUCAGGUCUACUGUACGACAGAGGAUGGUUCUACCAAUUGAUGGUUGUGGGGUCGUCGCUCCAAGCACUGUCCUUGUUCAUGUUAUCCUUCGCAAAGCCUGGUCAGUUCUACUUGAUUUUUAUGGUUCAAGGUGUCCUUUCUGGGAUUGGGAUGGGCCUGAUGUAUGGUCCCAGCAUGGCGGUCAUCUCUCAGCACUUCUCCAAAAGACGUACAUUGAUUAUGGCUCUCGUCGCGUCCGGUUCUCCACUGGGUGCCAUUAUUCAUCCAAUCAUGCUUAAUCACCUUUUGAAUGGCACUGUUGGCUUUGCGAGAGGCGUCCGCGCCAGUGCGGGUUUGGUCAGUGCCCUGUUAUUGAUCGCCUGCUUAUUCAUGCGCACGAGAGUACUGUCAACGUCGACACCAAGUGCUAGCUAUAGUGCAGUUGCACGGAAAUGCUCUCGCGAGGUUCCAUUCAUCCUCAUGACCGCUGGGAUCCUGCUGUGUCAGAUCGGCAUUUUAUUCCCCGUUUUCUACUUACAACUGGACUCUAUCAAACAUGGGAUCGACGUCCAUUUCUCAUUCUACACGCUUGUGAUCAUGAAUGCUGCCUGUGUCAUCGGACGCUGCACAGCAGGAAUAAUUGCAGCGUAUUCGGGGUUGUUAAACUUAACCAUCGCAUCCACUCUCGCAUGCAGUGCCCUCAUCAUAUCCAUGAUAGCUCUGACUAAGAUAUCAAGUGUUAUUGUGAUAGGCAUUGCAUACGGCUACGUUUAUGGAGUUUACAUCGCAGCGUUGGUCCCGCUGGUGACUGUGUUGACCCCCGACCUGUCUGAGUUAGGGGCGCGAAUGGGCAUUUGCUUUGCUUUCACCUCCUUUGGUGGAUUACUCGGUGGUCCGAUAUCAGGCGCUUUACUUUCAUCUCAAUAUAGGUGGUUGAUACCGUCGCUCUUCAGUGGGUUCAUCUGUCUUACUGGCAGUUCGAUAUUUGUGGUGAUGCGCUUAAUCAUAUACCCCCGAAGAUAAUAAACUGCCACUCAUAGCUUGGCGCGAAAACGAAGUGUACCGCUUGUUGUAUGAAGGGUUUUGUCGGCGCCAGUAUAUACCCACGGUGGAGUAGACGAGAUUGGAACUAGAC